CGCCAUUUUAAAAAGCUGUACGAGAGAGUUGUUUUGUUUUUGUAUGAUUUACACGGAAAUUUAUAAUGAAUCUUGCGCUUUUGGAAAGCUUUGGACAGAAUUACCCAGAGGAGAGUGAUGGUACUCUAGACUGUAUUAGUAUUGCUAUAACAUGUGCUUUCAACAAACGAGGUACCUUAUUGGCUGUUGGCUGUAAUGACGGUAGAAUUGUACUCUGGGAUUUCCUGACACGAGGGAUAGCGAAGAUAAUAAGUGCACAUGUACAUCCUGUUUGUUCUUUAAGUUGGGGUCGAACUGGUCAUAAAUUGUUGAGUGCGUCCACGGAUAACAUAGUAUGCAUAUGGGAUGUAUUAACAGGUGAAUGUGAUCACAGAUACAGGUUUCCAUCACCAGUCUUAAAAGUACAAUUCAAUCCUAGAAAUAAGGCCAUGUUUUUAGUUUGUCCGAUGAAGCAAGCUCCAGUAUUAGUUGACAGCAAUAAUAGUUAUAAUGUGUUACCAUUGGAUGAUGAUUCCGACAUGAACAUAGUGGCGUCAUUUGACAGAAGAGGACAACAUAUUUACAUGGGUAAUGCCAAAGGAAAGAUCUGUGUGAUAGAAACCAAGAGUCUGGAAUUAGUUGCAUCAUUUAGAGUAACCACGGGAACCAGUAAUACAACAGCAAUUAAGUCUAUUGAGUUUGCAAGGCGUGGCAAGUAAGUACAUAUGAUGAUGAUAAAUGGAAAUAACACCAAAUAUACCACUGGGUAAUUACCAUCAUGUUAACAUGUGACAUCACCUGGUUACGCUGUUGUACAUCAGUUAUUUUGUUGGCUAUCCAUAGAGGCCUUCAUCAAACGAUCACAUGUAAUAAAAUAGUCCAAAUAAACAUGUCUGCUCUUGCACCAAAAUAAUGAUUGGUGAACAGACUUAAAUAUUAG